AUGACGUACAGCUUACGUCAGCAAUCAGUAGCCAAAUACUUUGUUACCCAUGUAAUACCGGUAUUAGGUAGUAACCCCUUUAAUACUAGUAUUAUAAAAACAAGUAUUUCUAUUAAGUUCAAAAUGGACCUGAAAGAAGAUUAUUAUGGUUCAGAUUCCUGUGAUUUAAGUGUUGGAAACUCAUUUGAUGAACUGGUGCCUCUCGAACCUGGUGUAUAUUAUCCCAAAAACAGACUUACUCCCAAAAAAAGUAAUCGACCUCAAAACAAAAGGUUCGUCUUCAAAAAUGGAGAGUUCAAUAUUUGUAACAAUAAUUCUAGUCGACCAAGCGUCUUCUCUAGAUGGUUCAUCAGGAUGGUUGAAACCAGAUGGAGAUGGGCUCUUCUGCAUUUCUUCGUAGCUUUUACCUGUAACUGGUUAGCGUUUGGGAUCAUUUAUUGGAUUCUGUCUUGGGCUCAUGGCGACCUAAGCGAAGAACAUCUUCCACCUAAUCAGAACGCUACAGAUUGGCUUCCGUGCGUCAACAAUGUAUAUGGAUUCACAUCCUGCUUUCUAUUUAGUGUAGAAGUUCACACCACCGUCGCUUAUGGCAAGCGCUCGAUAACAUUGGAAUGUCCAGGACUAAUAACUACUAUGUGUUUUCAGUGCAUUAUCUGUCAAAUAUUUCAAGCUUUUAUGAUAGGUAUAUUGUUUGCAAAAUUAACAAGGCCAAAAUCGAGGACUCAAACUAUUCUAUUCAGUAGACAAGCAGUCAUAACCUUGAGAGAUGGAAAGUUUUGCUUAAUAUUCAGAGUAGGUGACAUGAGAAAGUCCAGGAUUCUUAAUAUUAAAACUUCGGUUUAUGUUUUAAAAUCUGGUUCUAAUGAUACUGAUAGCUAUGAACAGAUGGACUUAGAAGUCGAAAUGGAUGGAUGCGAGUCAACAUUUUUCCUAUGGCCAGUUUCGAUUAUUCAUAUAAUUGAUAGCAAGAGUCCCUUAUACAAUAUUUCUGCUGCAGAUUUGCUGCUUGGAAAAUUUGAAAUUUUAGCUGUGUUUGAAGGUAUUAUAGAAUCGACGGGACAGCCUGUCCAGGCAAGAACAAGUUACACUGAGAAUGAUAUUUUGUGGGGCCAUCGAUUUUUGCCGAUGGUAAAGAGAGAUCGUCUAAAAAAUAAAUAUAGCGUUGAUUUUUCAAAAUUAUGCGAAACUGAAAAGUAUGACACUCCGCUAUGUUCGCCUUGUGAAUUUAAUUCAAUGUUAUCUUUGUACGAAUUUGCAGACAGUUUAAAGUGA